CGGGGCUGGCUGAGCUGCAGCUCCACCAGGGCAGGUUUAUUCCCACAAACGUCCUCCACCGACCAGCGCCAGGAGCCGCGGUUCCCCCUCUGUUGCUGUUAUUCCUGAACUGAAGUGCAGCAGGUCUGGACCAGGAUAGGGGACCGUGAUGAGUGCAGCCCCAGCAGCAGCGCCGCAGACCCGUCCUGUCUGGUGCUUCUCUCCCCGGGACGCCUCGCUGACCCGCGGCUCCGUGUGAGGUCGCAGCUUGGAUGAAUAAUUCACCGGUGCUGUUUCCUCCCCCUGCAGUGAAAGGGAGCGGGAUAUUUAUAAAGAUGUGUCUCCAGAGCAGGACUGAGCCGUGAAGUCAUGCUGCCAGGUCGGCGCGGCUUCCAACGGCUUCCAACGGACACCGACUCUCCUCAGCCCGGAACAUGACUGCCCCCUAACCGCCUUACACAACCGUUUACUAUCAGUGUGACUACUUCUGAUUAUCUCUUAUUUCUGCAUCUGAAUCAACAAGAACUGUGUCAGAAAGGCCUAAUCAAACUGGUACCUCAUGAAUCUACCUCAAAUGCCACAUUGUUAUUAUUAUUCUCCACAUGCACACAUGUCUGUGUGUGUUGUGAACUGAGCAUGGCUUCGUUUCCAGACUCGGACCUGCAGACGUGUCCCCUGUGCAAGGAGCUGUGCGGCUCCUCCGCCCCCAUCUCCUCCAGCUCGUCCACCUCCUCCACCUCCUCGCACACCUCGUCCUCCUCCUCCAGCCACGGCUGCAACCGGCUGCAUGUGCUGCCCUGCCUGCACGCCUUCUGCCGGCAGUGCCUGGAGGGCCAGCGCAGCCCCGGGGAGCCCCUCCAGCUGCGCUGCCCCACCUGCGACCACAAGGUGUGCAUCUCCGAGGCCGGGGUGGACUCCCUGCCCUCCUCCAACUUCCUCUUCAACAACCUGCUGGACGUGGUGGUGAGCUCGGAGGAGCAGAUCCAGAACAAGAACGGCCUCCAUCAUCACCGUGGAGGGUUGGGCUCCUCCGGGUUCCACCCGCCCCACGGGGGCCUGCUGCCGCCGCACCCCAUGGGGGAGCCCGGGUGCAGCUCCUGCGACGAGGAGAACCCGGCCACGUCCCACUGCCUGGACUGCCAGGAGUACCUGUGUGAUAACUGCGUAAGGGCGCACCUGAGGGUGCGGCUGACCAAGGACCACUUCAUCGAGCGGCUGGCCGAGAGCCUGCACCUGGGGGGCACCCGGGGCAACAGCAACGGCAACGGCACGGGGGGCCAGCCCGUGGUGGCCGUGUCCAUCGCACAGUCCCUGCAGAACAACUUCGCCCUGCUGUCGCUGUUCCAGGACCGCAUGAGCUUCUGCCAGCAGCACGACGGAGAGGUGUUUCUGUUCUUCUGUGAAACCUGCUCGGUGCCCAUCUGCAGGGAGUGCAGCGUGGGCCGUCACAUGGGCCACACCUUCGUUUACCUGCAGGAUGCUGUGCAGGACUGCAGGGCCAUCACCAUCCAGCUGCUGGCAGACGCUCAGCAGGGACGACAGGCUGUGCAGCUAAGCAUGGAGAAGGUCCAGGCCAUGGCAGAGCAGGUGGAGAUCAAGGCCAAAGUGGUGCAGACUGAGGUGAAGGCCCUCGUCCUGAGACACAAGAAAGCGCUGGAAGAAAGGGAGUGUGAGCUUCUGUGGAAGGUGGAGAAGAUUCGUCAGGUGAAAGCCAAGUCUCUGUACCUGCAGGUGGAGAAACUCCACCAGAGUCUGACCAAGUUAGACAGCAGCAUUGCCGCCGUCAGUCAGGUGUUGGAUGAGGGCCACCACCUGGACGUGCUGCUGGCCCGGGAGAGGAUGCUCACCCAGAUCCAUGAGCUGAAGUCCCUGAGGGGGCUGCUGCAGCCUCAGGAAGACGACCGGGUCAUGUUCACUCCCCCAGACCAGGCUCUGUACAUAGCCGUCCAGUCCAUGGGCCUGAUCAGCAGCGGAGCCUUUGCGCCAGUCACCAAAGCACAUGGAGAGGGUCUGAAGGGCGCUCUUCGUGGCAAGCUCGCCUCCUUUACCGUAAUUGGAUACGAUCAUGAUGGCGAGCCACGCCUUUCUGGCGGGGAUUCAAUCUCUGCAAUAGUCAUGUCAGUCGCAGAUGGCAAUCUGUCUGCGGUGGAGGUAACGGACCACCAGAACGGCUCCUACACCGUCAGCUACCUGCCCAAAACAGAGGGGGAGCAUCUGGUGUCCGUGCUGGUGUGUAACCAGCACAUCCAGGGCAGCCCCUUCAAGGUGACGGUGAAGUCUGGCCGCAACUACGGCUCCCUCGGCUCCCAGGUGUCGGCUUUCGGAUGUGAAGGGGAGGGAGACGGGCAGCUGUGUCGCCCCUGGGGUAUCAGCGUGGACAAGGAGGGAUACGUGGUGGUGGCUGAUCGCAGCAACAAUCGCAUACAGAUAUUCAAACCUUGUGGUACUUUCCACCAUAAGUUUGGCACUCUCGGUUCUCGGCCUGGGCAGUUUGAUCGUCCAGCUGGGGUCGCAUGUGACAGUCAGAGACGGAUUGUUGUGGCUGAUAAGGACAAUCACCGCGUUCAGGUGUUUACUUUUGAGGGCCAGUUCCUGCUGAAGUUUGGGGAAAAGGGCACCAAGAAUGGACAGUUCAACUAUCCCUGGGAUGUGGCUGUCAACUCUGAGGGUAAGAUCCUGGUCUCAGACACCAGGAACCAUCGCGUGCAGCUCUUCUCUCCAGACGGCUCUUUUCUCAACAAGUACGGCUUCGAGGGGGCCCUGUGGAAACACUUCGACUCCCCGAGAGGGGUGGCCUUCAACCACGAAGACCACCUGGUGGUGACCGACUUCAACAACCACCGGCUCCUGGUCAUUCGGCCGGACUGCCAGUCCGCUCGCUUCCUGGGCUCCGAGGGCACCGGGAACGGGCAGUUCCUGCGUCCCCAGGGCGUCGCCGUGGACCAAGAGAACCGCAUCAUCGUGGCCGACUCUCGCAACCACCGAAUCCAAAUAUUCGAGCCCAACGGAAACUUCUUAUGCAAAUUUGGCACGCAGGGGAGCGGCUACGGACAGAUGGACCGCCCCUCCGGCGUGGCCGUGACCCCGGAGGGAGUCAUUGUGGUUGUUGACUUUGGAAAUAACCGUAUCCUCAAGUUCUAAGAAGAAAAGAAAAGAAAAAAAAAAACAAUUCUUGCAUUCUCUCCCUCCAUUUGUCCUUUUUGCAGUUUUUUUUUCAGUGAAGGAAAUGGAGGCGAGAGAAUGAAUCAACGGGAAGGAGGCGGAUUCAGAGAGGCCUGAGAGAAUGCUGAAAUGAAGGGAAAUUACUACUCUGGAUUUAUUUUCUUCAUGUUCAUUGCAUCGGUGGUUAUCACAACAAAGGGGACCUGUACAAAUGGAUAAUCAGUAAAAAAAAAUGUUUAAAAAAAGAGCCAUAUUUCCUUUCCGGUGUUUCAGCAGCUCUCAGUUCUCUCUGUCAGCUCUCCAUCAACAUACAUCUCAGGGAAUUUCACAUGUCUUGAAAUCUUGUAUCCUCUGCUCCAUACCUACCUCAUUUAGCUCUUUAUGAAUGUACUCAUAGUCGCUGAGCAGAGGUUUUAAGUCCGUGAAGUUUUACAAAGAAGAAAGUCUACCUCUAUACUAUGUUAUUUAAGUGAGAUAUGAAAAAUGAAAAAAAAAAAAAAAAUGAAGAGAGAAAAUUGAGUCUUGGGUUGAUAUUUGCACAGGAUUAAUAGAAUUUUUUCUGUGCAUUUUGAAAUACGAGUUAAAGAAAACCUCCUGAAUGUUGUUGCUGAGACAAUACUCAGAGCGCUGUAGAGGCUGCAUGAUUCGUUCUCGUUAUGAAGCUUCGCUCAGAAGCUAACUUGGGUUGAGUAGUGUCCUUUCCUGAUUGUAGGCUAGUUUAGUUUUUCUGUAGAUUGACCCUUUUCUCUGUGUCGCUCUGUGGAGUUUGAAAUGUCAGCCGAGGAAGACUGUGUGAAGAGAUGCCAAGCUUGAUGGAAUCAAAGUAAGCUCAGGUCGUCACGCGACUGAUUGAAGAAUGAUCAGUGCUUUUCAAGCUCUCCUUAUAAUUUUACUGGCUAAUGCUGAUUUGAUGUUUAUUGAUGAGUAUAAUUAUUAAGUUUAGUGAAUCAGCUCUAAAAAAUGAUCCUUGAAAUGAUGCCUAACAUAUCAUCAGCCACAUUAUUUUGACCAAUCCCCCCGGCCCCUGAACGCAUCAGACGAGAUGAAGGGAUGUUUUAGUGACAGAAGAAAAUAUGUUAAUACUGUCCAGUCAGAAUAAUAUGCAAGGAGAGCCGCAUCUUCUCCAAACGGGAGAACUCGCAAGAAGAUUUUAGAGUAGAAUCUUCCGAGAUCUAAACAUAUUUAGUCAUCGAAAUGUAGAGAUUUAAUCAUAUAAGUGAAUGACACCUUUGCAUGAGGCAUGCUGUGUGACAAAAGCCUCAAAAGUAGACACCUCAUUUGGCCGUCCAGAGGACAUUAAUGACAUCAAAGUAAAGGCCGAACAUAACAAUCUCUUGGAUUUGGAUUGUGGUUGAAAGCCACGCCCUUUGGCUCCUGGGGCCCCGGAUUUAGUGAGGUCCAGCGAGACAGGACCAUCACAGCGCGCUACCCUAUUUAUUUAUGCUUGAGUUAAGGAGACACCUCCAGAUUUAGCGUUUAGUAGACCGAUUCCUCUAAAGAUGGAGGUCUACAGACCAACUACUAGAGUCAACCAAAGGUAGAGUUUCUGCACAGCAGCCAAUUAUAGACUUGGCAGUUUAAAAAGAAGAAAAACAAAAAAUAAAAAAUUCCCUUUUUUUUUUUUAAUAUAUAUAUUUUUUUUGUUGAGAAGCCUAGAGUUCCUGACGCUCAUGGAGUUGAGUUCAUCGCACUGUAUAUCUUAGGCUUUGAAGAAUAGAGUGCUUGGUGACGGGUGAUUGUGCGUACGUACUUUCUCCUCCUGCUAAGACCAAGACCGCGGCUCUGUGAGUGAAUGUGGAAAGUAGAUCCUUCUUGUAGAUGUGUUUGUGUCCAGAACAGAAAGUAUCUGCACCAAAGAGAAACUGGUUCUCCUCCUCGCAUCUAUUGCUCAGCUCAUAAGGCAAAUGCCACAGUCUUAUUAGAUAUCAGAAAACCUGUGGGCUCAGAGUUACGUCUCAGAUUGUAUCCUUUUAAAGUGACGGAUCCUAAUUCUUUGUGAUGAAAGCGCUGUGGGGUUCUGAAUCCCCUUGCCCUUGCAAUCGCUCUCACUCUGGAAGCACUACACUUUUUGUAUUGUAUUAUCUAUGAAAAUAUUCAGCCUGUCCCCCCACACACACACACACACACACACACACACGUCUGAGAGGACAGCUGUCUGCACAUAAUCAUGUUUUACGUUCUCAAGUCUCAGAUAUUCUUUAACGAACUGCUGAUUUACUGUCUGUCUUGUUUACCUCAACUCCUGAAUACCUCAAGUAUGUCUCUCACGGCUACUGCACAUUUAAUCAUUCAAAUACCUCAACCUUCCCUCCGUGAAUACCUCACUUUUACUCUUAUUUAAACAAUGCAUCGUUGUAACCUCACACAUAUACCUCUCCUUGAUGUUUCAUAGCUCGAGGACCAAAGAUCAUGGUACAGCUUUGAGUGGAAAUAGAUUUUUGAUGGCCGUUGUUGUUGUUGUGCGCUUGCAACCCCGUGGUCAGCUGUUGUAAACCGCCUGCUUAGUUAUGCCUUUAUCACAAUGAAACCAAAUAUCUCAGAAGACAGCAUCGUGCCAAAAUGAUCCGUGAGGGUUCGUGCCAAACAGGGUGGGCGUCUGGACCACGCUGUUGUAGACUGUGUCACUGGACCGUUACAUCACAGUUGAACAUGUUGAAUCAGAGCACAACGAGAGUAAAUCCUCUUCUCUCUGAUUGGAUGCACUUAAGAGGGCUGGGCCCCAUUUUUCUUUACCUCAUGAUGAUGAACAUUCAGAUUCCACUUGAUCUUUGUUAGUCCGCGCCGGGGUAAGGGGUAGGAGGAAGUGGCCUCCUUUUUGAAAGAGUUACGAUCCUCACAUGUCCGCCUUUCAAUGCACAGGAGUUCUUUGAGCACAACCAAAUGUAAUUUCGGCGUCAACGCAAGAUUUCGGUUGCGAAGGACCUUGGUAUGAGUCCGAGCUCGACGGUUUUGUGGUUUAUGCCAUAUUAUAUCAUAACAUGGCAAACUGGCUCAUUAUUAAAGCAAAAACAUUGAUGAGCUCACAUUGCAAAACCUCAUUUUAACCAGUAAGAUUGUAUUUCUUUUCAGUAUUACUCUGAGAUGUUCACUCAUGUUGCAUCAGGUUUUCUUUAUUUUAUUAUUAUUAUUAAAUUUUUUUAAGAUUGCAGAAUUCUAUCUUUAAGAUCCUUAGGUCUUCACUCUUAAAGAGGAAAAAUGUAUUUUAAACCUUAUUUGUGUUUCCUUUUGUUGCAUGCUUUAAAAGUCUUUGUAUUAUACUGAUGUCUCCCAGUUAGGUGAUGGAAAAACUCAGACGGGGUUGGUGGCUCAUUUCUUGGGGUGGUUUUUCCAAAAUGUAUACCAAAUGGAAAAUUUGGAUGAAUGAAAUUAACCCUUUGACCUUUGCGAUUGUAUUUCCUGUUCUCUUGAGGCUCCCACAGCACAACCUGUUCAACCAGCGAGGCUUUAAUUACUGGGAAAUUGUGGAGGCAGAGUUUUUGGUGUGACCCCUGACCGUUUAGUGCUUUAGUGCUAAUAGGGAUUUUUCUUUUUCUUUUUUUUUUUUUUUUCUCGCUUCUUCCUGCAUGUUAUGUGAGAGAAGCAGCUCGGGUUCUACAGCACAAAUCAUAAAUAUUUUCCCUUCUUUGAAAACGGGCAGGGAGGCGAUGGCUUUUAAUUUGACUGCAUUUGACCCUUUUGCAGUUUCUGUCCACCAUUUAAUUUCUGUCCUCUCCAGACCUCAAGGGAGAGAAGAAAUACAAUUCUGCAUGAGGCAACAAUUGCAAGGUCAUAGACCUCGUUCUAAGUGAUUGUAAACUUUAAGGAAUGGAAGAAAAACAAGUUUGAAAUUUUAAAAAGAAUAUAAAAAAAAACAAAAACAAAACUCAGGUAGUUCCCUCGGCCCUGUGCUGCAGGUGUCCAGUAGUGAUGAUGUAGUGAUUUUCUUUACCCUCUUAUGAACUCUCAGUACUAGCCUGAUUCCUUUUGUGUGUCUAUUUACAUAUUAUAAAACAAAUUCUUUCCCAAUCAGAAAAAAAAAAAAACAUCUUUUGAUUAGUAGAUUUUUUUUUUUCUUUUUUAUUUUUUUUGUCAAAAUUACAAAUGCUUCACACCACUCGAUGCUCAUUGGCCCUUUUAGAAUGUAUUUUGUGAAGAAAAGGGAUAAAUGGGAUCUUGUCGAUGUUCACUUGCUGCAACCAUCUGCUGGGACGAUUACAGGACGAAUCGGAGCUCAGAAAACCCUCCCGAACAUCCGAUGCUGGAAGCUCCUUCCCAGCGGCCGGGGCGGAGCCCUGUCAGCUGUUGUCGAGCGUGCAGAGUCACGUUUGUUUAGAAACCAUCAGCCCAGAUGGGAGGCGUGUGGCCCGAGGUGCCACAUCUCUCCAGUCGCGUCCUGUCCUCCCAGCCGCUGGCUGCGCGUUGAGAGAUCUGUUCUCCGAGCGGAUCUCCCCUGAAUGUAUCCCCCUCUGGGUCCAGGAGUGGGGAUGAGCCAGCAUGGCCAGCUGAGUUUAGACGGGUGCUGCUGCUGCUUCCUCAUCCACGCUGCUCUGUGUGUAUGUGUGUGUACGUGUGCGUGCGCGUGUGUCCGUCUAACCUGUUUGUGUGUGUUUGCUUUCGCCAGCACACCUUCCCAACCUCUUGACACACACGCACGUGCACAUACAUCGUGGUGAAUGGAAGUGCACGUGUCAGGUCUUUAGUCUAAAUGAGGCAGACGAGACUAUUAACAUAUUAGUCGCUUGCUGUGCUUUCUGUACUCUGUGGACUUUAAACAUUUCCUAUGCAGUUGUUUUUGUUUUUUGUUUUUUUUUGUUUAC